AAACAUGGCCGCUUACUGUUCAGCGAUGGAAUUUUUAUUUACGUUUCGUUUCUUUUCUAUUUUAAGGCAAAGACGGGAGGAACGAGCUCGUGUUCGAAGCCAUUUUCAGUAAAAGUUUAAUUUAAUUAGUAGUUAGAGUGUUGAAAUAAGGUGCUGUUCUUCUAGUUGUUGUGUCACCGACCGCUAGAGACUAUCUGAUUUAUUUUAUUUUCGCUGAGCUGUCAAGCCGCUCAUCGGUGAAGGGCUGCGAUUGAUUUACAUUUGAUAGGUGCGAGGCUAGCUCAACAACAUAACUGCGAGCCCAGUGGAUACACAUCGUGUAUUAGUCGCAAUGUUUAGCCCCGUAAAAUCCUCUUAUUUCAGAGUCAGUCCGGCCAUUGUCAACCGAGAACUCGGAAAGACCAAGAUGAGAUAGCAAGAGGGCACGUCGGAGUGCUAACACGUUUUAUUGGGAUAUUAAAUCCCCGCAUAACUGAUAGAAAAUAAAGCAAAAUAAUAACAACAAUAAAAAGUCCACGAAAUAUGUUUGGGAAUCUUUUUGAGGAAGAGGAGGGGGAAGGUUUUUCCUCAACCUCCUGUAAGGGAAGACUUGCCAAGGGUGGUGAGGAGCCACCACCACCUCGUGGAAGAAGCAAUAUAUGUGGUAUCAAGAACCAGGGAGGGACCUGCUACCUCAACUCUCUGCUCCAGACCCUGCUGUUCACCCCCGAGUUCAGAGAGGAACUUUUCAGUUUGGGGCCAGAAGAAUUAGGGUGUCUAGAAGACAAAGACAAACCAGAGGCAAAAGUCAGAGUAAUUCCACUGGAGCUCCAGAAACUGUUUUCCCGUCUGUUGCUGGUGGACCACCAGAGUGCCUCCACCGCUGACCUCACUGACAGCUUUGGCUGGAACAGCAGUGAGGGGACGAAUCAGCAUGAUGUCCAGGAACUAAACAGGAUUUUGUUCAGUGCAUUGGAGCACUCUCUUGUGGGCACCAGUGGCAGCACAUUUAUUCAACGCCUUUAUCACGGGACCAUUGUCAACAGCAUUGUCUGCAAAGAGUGUGGAAAUGUCAGCCAGAGACAGGAGGACUUCCUCGACCUGACGGUUUGCGUUUGUGGCAUAUCCAGCCUGGAGGAGGCUUUAUGGAACAUGUUUGUGGAGGAAGAGUUGUUUGAGGGCAAUAAUUUGUACCGCUGUGCUCAGUGUGACAGUUUAGUCACCGCUGCCAAGUCUGCCAAGCUAAAGAAGCUGCCUCCAUUCAUGACGAUGUCUUUGCUGAGGUUCAGCUUUGACUUUGCUAAAUUUGAGCGAUACAAGGAGACAGGGCGCUACAGCUUCCCCCUCACCAUCAACCUACGACCGUUUUGUGAGCAGAUUGAUGGAGAAGACUCUGAUUUCACAUAUGAGCUUUUCUCUGUGAUUAUCCAUAAGGGUGGCUGUUAUGGUGGCCAUUACCAUGUUUACAUUAGGGACAUAGAUGAACUUGGCCAGUGGGAGCCGACGGAGGAAGACUGUAAACCCAAAACUCAGAAAAAAGUCAAGGAGGAUGUCAAGGAAGCUUGUGAACUAAAACUACAGGAAGAUGACCCUUUGUCUGUCCUCACUGCGAUAAUUGCUCAGGAGUCAUCAAAGAGCGUUUUGUUGGAUCAGCUGGGUCAGAAACUCAUGAAUAAAAUUGGUUCAUCCUGGAGCAAAAAGUUUAGAAAACACUAUGGUCCCAUUGGAAAGUUCCUGCAAUCCAACAAUGAUGUUUUCAUGUUGGUGUGCAACGGUACUCGAGUAGCCCUAAAAGCAAACCCACCAAGCCCAGCAGAGCAAACCAAGAGCUAUGAUCCAUCAACAGCUCCAGAGCCAGGAGCUUCUGAACAACAACUGGAAGCAAACCAAAACCCUAAACCAAAACCAGAGCAGGGACGCCACUGGUUUGAUCUUAAUGACUCCACUGUGACCUCCAUCAGGGAGUCGGACAUAGAGAAGCAGUUCCAGGGUAAAGAGAGCGCCUACAUGCUGUUCUACAGGAAAACACAGCUGCACAGGCCCAGUGAAGCUUUGAAAAAUCCCCAGUAUAAAGUUCCUUCUCAUCUCAUCCAGAUGGCUCAGGAUGAAAACAUCAAACUGCAGCAGAUGCGUGAGGAGUUUGAAGCCACUAAUAACACAGUGCAGCUGCGUCUGCAUCUGGCACCCUGGUAUAGACUAGAAAAUGGAGCCCUGCAGCCAAUCUGCAAAGAGUCAGAUGGGAGUACUAUGCUCAGUUUUGAUCGGAGGAAGACUGUGGGAGACCUGCGGUUCACUAUUUAUCAGAUGCAGGAACUCUGGGAAGGAGAUAUGGCUCUAACUGUGGCCAAGAGUCUUCCAGCAGGUUUACACCUCUACAAUACUCUUACAGAUGACAGUAUAUCCCUGUACAGUGCAGGAAUUUCUGCCAACACUGACCUGUUUGUAUGGAAUGGCAGAGAGGUUUUUGGUGCAACUAUCCAAACGGGAGCCGAGUGGGAGCCGGUCUUACUGACUGUUGUCCGUCCCUUUUUGGGCGAAGAUGUGGAGCAAGAGAUGGAGAAGGAGGAAGAAUGCCAAAAAAUCAAGGAAGGUUUUGAAAAUGGGGGACCCGGACUUAAAAGAGAAGCAAGAGGGUUUGCAGGAGGUGCUACUCUUGGGGAGGUGAAGGAGGCACUGGGGGAGCCGAAGGAGAGCCUGCUGUGUCAGGAGCAUAAAGGAGGAAAGGGAAUAGAGCAGGGGGCAGGAGAUGGAGGGGGUGCCAGUGGAUGGAAAGUGUUUCCACCUGACGACAUGCAGCGCACUCUGAAGCAGCUGUCACUGAAAGAUGGAGAUGCGUUGUUGGUGUUGGAGCCACAGUCGCUUGACAGCAGCGUGUUCACUCUGAAUGGAGACGUAGUGACGGUGACCACACCGUCUGACUGCCGCUGGCUCCAAGUGGAGUUUCAACCACAGUUAAAAGGAUGUAAAGAGUUAAAAGAAGAGGAGAUGAAAAGAGUCAAAGUUCCAGCCACAGGAAAUAUGCUGCUGUGUGAACUGAAACAGAGGGCCAUCGAGGAGCUGCAGCUACAGGAUCUUCCAUCAGGUGCACAGUACUGUCUGAGGCAGGUCGACUGCACAGGGAAACUCCUUCCUCCAGUAUGUGAGGAGCUGAGUGUUCGGGAUGCAGGAGUGCGACUCAUGACCACACUUACACUCUGUCCAGGAAAAAGCCCCAAGGCAUCACAGCUGUUCUUGCAUUUCACUGUGGGUCCAGCUCCCUCUGCAGGCAUGGAGAUGGACAUAAUUGUGGAGAGAACUUGUACUGUCAAAGAAUGUCUAAAGGAGAUGCUGGAUGCUGUUGGACUUGAUGGUACCCGGUGGCACUUGAGGAGACUAGAUUGGUGUGAAGAGGUUGGAGAGCCUCUUAUGGAUGAGGAUGCUUCUCUGUCAGAGCUGAAGAUCAGCAAUGGGGAGACAUUAGUCGUCACAGAGGGACUUUUGCCUCCAAAGGGAUUUCUCAAACUGUCUGUGUGGCUGUAUGUGGAUCCAAAAACCAUGGCAACAGAUUUUAACCACACAGACCACAGUCCUGCCGGGGAGCAAAUGCUUGGAGUUGAGGCUGCGGGUGGAGCCCAUUUUCAGUCACCUCUCUGUGGUGAAAACAUGGCAGAGCUGAGAAGUGUGGGACAGGUUGAGAUAUCAGAUGAGGGCACUCUGGAGGAUCUCAAGACUCAGGUGUUGACGCUGCCGGCUCUUCAGGACAUCUGUGUGCCAACCACUGGAUUUCUGCGUGUGUGGCAGAUGGAAGGGCGACGGCUGGCCCGUGUCCUCAGAGGACUACAAGUCACACUCAGGAAGUUGAAGUUGACCAGUGGCGCAGACCUUUGUGUGCAGUGUUUACUAAAAGAGGAGGAUCUUGGGCCAAAGCAAGUGCUGCUAAGUGUUAAUAUGGGAGUACCUGGGCAGAGGUGUUACUACCCCUCAGAGGAGCUGGUGUGGGAUGCAUCCCAUGAUUCCUCUUCCCGCUCUCUACGCACAUGUCUGGCUGCACAUUACGGCCUCUGUCCUGAUUCUCUGCUGUUGGCCAAACAUCAGCCAGAAAAACACAUGUGGGAAGAAAUUUCCAACUGGACACAGCAGGUUUCAAAAAAGAAAAAAAAGAAAAAGGCAGAAUCCCUCUUAGGAGCACCAUUCCACCUCAAAGAUGGUGAUGUAAUCGGCAUCAAGAACCUUUUGAUUGACAACAACAGGGAGUUUGUUACGGUGGAGGAUGAGCAGGGCCAGCAGAGGCUCAGGGAACAGGCAGAGCAGCGCAGGAAAGGAGGGCCUGCUGCAGCUUCUGAUGGUGUGGGACAAACCAAAUCCAGGAAGCCAGAGGUGCCGCUAUCAAUUAGUGUUGCUGAAUUCAGAUAGCAUCCUUCCUUCAAGGAUGCAUGGACAAAUCAGGACUCUCUUUAAGAAUACAUGCACACAUGCAGCGAGAUGCCACUCUGCAGCUAGGACAAUCCAACUAAUCAGUCUUGUGCCGUUUGUUUUUAUAGAAUUUUUUUGCAUACAAUCAUUUUUCACUAAUCUUUUAAACAUGGCAAAAAUAAUCCCUAAAUUCACUGCUGCUUUUCAGAUUCUGUUUUUGGUGAUGGUGAUAAAGAGAAGCAAAAUAAUAAUUUUUACUUUGAUUUGCUAUCUUGUGGUGACUGGUGGUAUUUUCUUUAUGCAUAUACAUCCAUAGCACAUCCCAGGAUUCUUUUCUUCACUCUCUUCAUACAUCUUGAGUUUUUUUUUCUUUUCAGUAGAUGCUGGAGCUUCUAUUAACUAAGAGGUUUGAAAUUUUUAUUUCCUUUUACUUUCCAGUGGUUUUUAAAUUAUUGCUAUCUUUAACUAAUUACCCUGCAUGAAAAGCCACUUGAGCAGGGAAUUACCUUCACUUCACUAAAUUCCCAUAAUCUUUAUAAAAGUACAGUAACUUGUUUUUAUCUUAAACCAGUCACUGUGCAGCAGGAAUGCAAACGUCUCUUCAGAUCAGUGAUUCUUCUGAUAGAUUCCUUUUUAUAAGUUUCAGGGGAGAGGAGAGACAGGCCUUAAUAUUAGAGGAGCUUUGGUGCUGCUCUCUUCCCUACCUCAUUCUCAACCUCUCCCUCCUCUCUUCCUCUACCUCCUCUGUCCAGCCUGUUAUUCAUAAUCUGUCCUAAUCUUAAACUGUUGGCCUGCUCUAUUAAAUAACUCACGGUUAUAGUAUACAGACAUAGACUCAGUGUUAAAUGUUUUAGCCUUGUGCAUUUAACACUGGCAGUGUCGUGAUGCAUCAACUUGGAUAUAUUGGGUAAAUUGAUCAAUUCCAGCCUUUUGGAGCUGAAAAUUAAAUCAGACUUUGACUGUAUUUUUCUGAUUUUCAUUAAAAAGGAGUUGUAUGGCUUAAGAUGCCAGAUCUUCCACAGAAUAUACAGUCAGAUGGGAUUAUGUGAAGGUGAAGAUCCCUGAGAUUCAACUGAAGAAAAGGUCAUGUUUUUCUUGCAUGCACAAUGUGUGAACUUCAGGGAUUUAAAAUGGAUUUUUAUUACUUUUUAUUUAAAAGAAAAAAGUGACAUUACAGUAUGCAUGAUGUUUCUGGGAGGGAUGGGGAUUUGUUGAAGAUUUUUGAAGCUGCUUUAUAUGAAUCUGGCCUUUAUAUGUGCCAAGAACUUUCAAGUAGAAAUAUGAUCUAUAGGUGAGAACCCAGUUUAAGAUUACACUCAGCAAUAUUGGGAUUACAUUCUGUAUCAUAAUGUAUUGAUUACUAGUGUUGAUGACAUCUUUAGUGUUAUUGAUAAGAACUGAUGUGCUGAAUUGUUAAAGCUGAAAUCUAUUUGUAUCUAUGUCAGAUUGUAUUUGAUGGAAGUAUUUUAUGAACAAUAAAGGUAUAAAGUACUAAA